AUGAAGAGGAAUAACCUCCCAUGUGAGUUGAUAGAGGAUAUACUCUCUAGGGUUCCGGCUAAAACUGUAGCACGAUUGCGAUCGACAUCGAAACAGUGGAACGCUGUAUUGACGUCUGAGAGCUUUGCUAAGGCACACUCUGCUGCUAAUGCACGAAAGGAGGCUCUGAGUAUCAUGUUGAGGGAUUCUAGGGUUUUCACGUUAAAAGUUAAUCUCCAUGGAAUUCACAAUAACGGUGCACCAUCUGUUACGGUAGCAGCUAAACUCUACCUCAAAGAUCCCCUCUAUCUUUCUUCACACGUCGACAUAUGUAACGUUUUUCACUGUGACGGCCUAUUGCUAUGCAACACCAUGGACAAUAGACUUGUGGUUUGGAAUCCAUGUUCUGGUGAAACCAAGUGGAUUAAACCUAAAAUAAACUACAAGGAUUCCGACAACUAUGCUCUCGGUUACCACAACAAAUCCUCUUGCAAGAAAUACAAGAUCUUGAGGAUAGAUUGUAGUUCCAGUCAGUACGGAGGCUACUAUCAGCACGGAGGCUACCAUAGGUAUGAAAUCUAUGACUCCACCUCGGAUUCUUGGAUGUUUUUUGAUACAGAUACAUCUUGGACCCUACAAGCACGUAGCAUAUCUGUGAAGGGAAACACUUAUUGGGUUGCUACUGAUAACACUCAAGCAAUGGGGUCUGCCAAAACUUUAGUAAGGUUUGAUUAUUCAAAAGACAUAUUUGAAAAUCUGUCAUUCCCAGUUAAUACGUUUCCUAUUAGUAAUGCGACUUUAUCAGUGGUUAGAGAAGAGCAGCUUUUUGUGUGUUGCUCUUACUUACAUACAGCAGAAUCAGAUGUAUGGGUGACAACUAGAACAGGAUCAGUCCUGUCAUGGAGCAAGUUCCUAACACUAAAAAUUGAUCCUGAGGAUGCUCUUCAACAUCUGACUUUCAUGGCGGACGAGCAAAACAAAGUUAUAGUGUUUUGCGGUAUUAACUCGGCCCACCAAACAGUUUUACACAUAAUGGGAAAAAAUAAAUGCAUCAUAGUGGAUCCUCGUGGUGGAGAUUCUACAAGCAGACUAUGUCAGCCAUGUCUUUUGAAUUAUGUUCCAAGUUUGGCUCAAAUACCACAAUGUAACACUUCUUGA